GAACACACACAGUGGAGUAUUGUGGAGCAUUGAUCACUGACAAGCCAGUUAGCAGGCACAUCUCCAGGCAGCCCUCCUAUCUGGGCUAAUGCAUUGACAGAGGCUGUUCCGCUACAUUGGGUAUCGGAGCUGGCUGUCAACCAUUCGUCACAUCACCUCUGUAAGGCCAGGUAAGCUAGACACUGAACCCAUGACAUGAAAGGUUCAGGCUUUUGUGGCCGGUCAGAUAAAUCUUGAGAUACAGGCCCAGAUUUCUUUCCUUUCUGAUAAAAAUAUAGGUGGUGUUUUUGUGUAUGGACUGGCUGGGAUAUUGUCGGUGUGUUUUGUGGCCUGUGAGGAUGUUGGGGUGGCCCAGCUAUGUGAAAACUGUCUUCGUCGUCAUAUGUUCGUUUGUCUGAGUCCCCUCCGUGUAUCCAAGCAGAAGCCCUCACGGUCCACACACGGUUUCAAACGUUUAUACAGGAAGUGGAAAGAUUCUGACACGCUCACAAGCCUGUGCUGUGCUGGGCAGUCUGUCAGCCAGUAAUAGAAAACGUAUGUGAGCGGAGGUUUUCUCCUCUGACAGAACUAAUACCAGUUUGAACAUUACAGCGGUUACAUUCGGGUGUGUCAAGGCAGAUCUGCUUCAAAGGAAGAUUCAAAUCUGGAGAUAUGUUUUCUGGAAUUGUCAGCUGUGCAUGUUUGUAGAAUCCAUUUGAUUUCUGUGUUUUGGAUCUGACAUUCAGUGGCAUUUGUGUUGUUGGAUUUGGAGUUCAGAGAUAGGAAAUUAUUCAUUUCCUGAAUGCAAGGAGGUGAUUCCGAUGAACACGCAGCUGAUAAUGCGGACACAAAUAUCUCAGUUUGGCAGAAGGAUGGAUACUUCUGUUUGACCAGGACACCGAUUUGAAGCUGACCGGUGAUCUGCUCCACGUAAACAUGGACACGACGGUGGAGACCAGCGCGGCGUCUUCAGCCGGGGACGUGACGUACAUGACCCCACGGGGGAACAUGACGACCAUGACACCCCUGUUGCAUCAGUGCGACCACAUAGACUCCCAGUAUGACGUGGCCUCGGCAAUUGUUUGUGCGAUGUGUUUCAUAUUUGGAAUUCUGUAUACAUUUUUUGGGUACCGGUUCUUUAAGGCAAUCAUGUUCCUGACCGGGUUCAUCUUCGGCGGUGUCCUCAUCUACAUGAUCUGCAAGGAAGAGGAGAUUAUGCCCACAGAAGGAAAUAUCGGUGUGGCCAUUGGCGCCGGGAUACUCUGUGGCCUCAUCACGAUGCUUGUGCAAUAUGUGGGACUAUUUCUCACCGGAUUCCAUCUUGGACUAGCACUAGCAAUCGCUGUAUUGAUAGUCCUUGAACAGUUCAUGCAUCCUUCAACCAAGUGGAUACCCAUUGGAUUACUCGUGGGUCUUGGGUUGCUGUUUGCCUUUCUCAUUCUGAAAUUCCAAAAGUGUUUCACAAUUUUGGGGACAAGUAUUUUUGGAGGUGCUUUAAUGGUAGCAUUUUUAGACUAUUUUAUUGAGAAGUUUCGCAUGGUGCUGUAUGUGUGGGACAGAGUGAAAGGCAACGAGUCGCCGCCUGUGUGCUGGUACAGCUGGGUGAUACUGGGCUGCUGGCCAUUUUGUUUCCUUGUUGGAGCUAUUACACAAUGGAGGAUUACAGGACAGGGAGUGGACCAUCGGGAAGCACUACACAUCAACAGGUCCAAGAAGGUGAACCUAAAACGUAUUCGGGCCCGGGAACGCCGAGAUGAGCAACAUUCUCGUUACCGCCACCUAUACCAGGUGCGGCGCGUCAACGGGGAUGUCAUCUCGCAGGUGAACAACCAAGACUACAUUCAGAGUAUCCAGGGAAAACUGUCCCCGGCUAUGAGAAGUCUGACCGACCCAAUGACUGAAGUGGAGAGUGCUAACACUACACUGACACAAGUGCCAUGAUCAUAUCACACCUCUACUAUAGGUCAUAUCACUCAUAUCACCUGCAUGGGACGAUAUCACUGAUAUCACUUGCAUUGGACAUAUCACUCAUGUACAUGAAUGGGAUGGUAUCACUUAUAACCAUGGGACAAUAUCUUCUGGAAGGGGUGAUAUCGUUCAUAUUACACCCAUGCAAGUUCAAGGUUUGGAUAUAUCCAUAUCAAGUUCAUGUUUGAACCAUACUCGAUACCUUCACAUCAAAUUGUAUCACUAGCAUUAUAGACCCAUCAAACUCCGACAGAUGGACGUAUCACAUACACGUGAUACAUCUGACGAGGAUGCUUGUCGUUGAUGAUUAACCAGGUACCUCACAGGGUAAUACAACACAUAUGGACUGAUGUCAUUCAAGCAUUCACCCUGAAUGAUGUUGAAGCAUAUCAUUACACAGGAAGCACCAGACUGAUAUAUCCUAUUGCUUGAGGACUCUCCAACCACGGAGGAGCCGAUGGUCACCUACAUUGAUGUGUAUAGGACAUGGCUGCCAGUAGUGCUUAUCUCAUGCAUGGGUUGGGCUCAUCAAGCACUGUCUAAUGAAUGUCUACAAUGAACAUGGUGUUAUUAGCGUGUGAACUGAGCGUCGUGAUAGACAUGAAGUUGUUGGGAGGAGAACUGUAUUUGCUGUAGUGCAGAAGCUAGAGUUGUUGGAAGGAAAAUAGUACAUACCUUUGUGAAGAAGAUGGUGUUUGGAAAAGGAACAGGAGUCGUGGGAUGGUGAAUAGCAACUGGAGAAAAGAUGUUGGCUGAAAAAUAGCAUCUGCUGUGGAUAAGAAACUGAAGUUGUUGGCUGGAAAGUAGCAUCUGCUGAGGAUAAGAAACUGAAGUUGUUGGCUGGAAAGUAGCAUCUGCUGGAAAGGAGAAUUUGGAGUUGUUGGAUGGAAAAUAGUACGUGCUUGAGAGCCGAGGUUAAAGUUGUUGGAAGGUGAAUAGUAUGGACCACAGAGGAGAGCUGUAUGUCAUAUGAGGUAAUCGGGAGGCUGUUUAAUCAUGCACUGUCACCCCUGCUUGUCACUACAGGAACUGAAUCUUUAUGUUGUGAUCUCAGACAAUUAUAUGCUUGUAUUUUCAUUUUGCUGCCACUCAUUGAAAAAGAAAAAGUCCUUUUCAUCCAUACCCAUUCUAGGUUGUUGUAGAUAAGACUUCACUCCAACUACACUUGGCCAUCAAAUGUUAGAUGAUCAGAGUCAGCAUUAACUGCAUGUCAAGAUGGAUGACGUCAUGACAACCAUUCCGUUUUCCUCUGAACUCACCAAUCACAAUGACCUUCAUGAAGGUCACACUUCUGCUUGCAUGGCCAUAUUUCUCGGCAAUAUUGUUCAAAGUUUGGUGCAAAUAGAUAGAUGUAGAUAUAUAGGCAAUGCUCAAAGUCCCUAAUCAAAUCUAAUCAGUCAUUCUUUGUGUGUGCAUUUGUGGUUGUUGGUGAUUUGGGAUAUAUGUUGCAAACAGAAAAUCCCAAUCAUGAAUGGGCUUGUUGAUUCACUAUUCAUUAUCGGUUCAAUAAAGCAAGUUUAUUUGUUAGAAACUACUUGAGGUAUUCAUAUUAAAGUGGUACUUUUCCUGUCAUUUAGCCAUUCAAAUUUGGUUUUGUUUUACUGGAUUUUCUUGGUCAAUUAUGUGGUUGCCAGGAGGCAAAAUAAGAAAGAUUAAAUGGAAUGAAACUAAAUCAGCAUUUGUAUAGAUCACUCUCCAAUUUGUAAUUGCUCAGAGCACUAAGACCAUGAUAGAUCUACAUCAUUAUCUAAGUCAAUGGAUCAGUGUGCACUGGAUUUUCAUUCUCUGCUUCCUAGGGAUCAUACAACCCAAAAGCCUGUCAACAAAAUACAAAAAAGUUGGGUUUUUGAGACCGCAAACUCUCAGUCAUAACAUCUACUAUUUUUAAUAUAUUUCUUUUGGUGGCAACAUUUUUUAUAGUCAGCCUCAAGCAAGCAAGAAACUAGUCUUAACACUACGCAAGUCUUAGAGUUUAUUAUGAGACUAAUAUUAUGUCAACCACUGUUACAUGUGUCCUGUUCAGAUCCAUGACUUUGUUACUCUGACAAACUGUUAAGGCAUUAUCCUCAUAGGUUAGAUUUUGGAGGAAAAUUGAUUAACCAUGUCCCGUUCCGCAAUGCGAUCAUAACGCUACAACUGUUGUAGGUGUAUUUUAAAGUAUAGGAGAUGUGAUUGUUGUAUUGCUAUGAUCACUUUGUGGAGAGAGACCACGAUCAUUAUGAAGCAUUAUCAUUGUUCUAACAGCAAUCACUACCCAUAACUCAUGACACUAUCAGUGCAAUAACAUUGAUGUUAGUCAGCAGGAAGAUAGUUUUUUUAUGUGACCCUAAGGUGUCCUUGACCUUGUACAUAUGGAAGAUGGCACACAAAAAGGAUUGUGUCUGCUAUGCAAUGAACACAGUAUUUGAAAUCAGUGGUUGUUGCCCGUCCAGGCUUUGAUGAUUUGCCACAGCCAGAAGGACUUCAUAAGCUGUAUUCGGAAAUUUAGUUUUAUUUUCUCAAAGUGCUUGGAUACCAUAAGAAAAUCAUAAAUCAUUUGACAUAAAACAUGACAAUAUGAAACAACAGUUAUCAUUGAAGUCUUUGAUAGGCAUUUAUAGCAGUAGUCUAUGCUAUAUAUUUUGGCAGUUAUCAUUGCUAUAAUACAGCACAGCUUCUCAGCAUUAAUAGAGAUCUAUGCAAGGAUACAUUCAUCUCCACAUGUUGGCAAAUUAAGAUAUGAUCAAGAAAAAAAUAAAAUAUUAUUUCUUGUACAAAAAUGGGUCAGCAGGUAUAAAUAAAAACAUUUGACAACGAGUUGCGGAUGUGAUAACAUAAUUUGUACAAAUCAUAUGUUGGCAAGUUCCUGGAAACUCGGCUUUUAAGUUUGCAUGAACUGGUAGGCAGUAUAUGUAAUCAGCCAAUCAGCACAGAUGCUUUCAUGCAAGAUGAGCGCUGCCUGAGUGGUCAAUACACUGUGUGGUCAUUGCAGAGCGUGCUCUUUAGUAUGCUGGUAAGCAAGGGAGCAUGGGACAUUACAUGGACUGAUGGUCUUCUCUACUUUCAUGCCAUGUGUGGAAUCAGUUCCUGGUGCUUCCUGCCAUGAUAUUGAUGGAAUAUUGCUAAAACGGCGUAAAAACCUACUCGAUCGUCACUACUGUCAUACCGACUGAGAAAUAAGCUUAAAAAUAUAUGUACACGCUUUACACAGCCAUGAAGUCAAUGAGUUGUUGGCUAGGGUCCUUUUAUUCCUCCCUGCCUUGAUGAUAAACAAGAUGGCCUCUUUCAGGGCAAUGGGGUAGCCUAGCGGUUAAAGCAUUCGUCCAUACGCUGAAGGCCUGGGUUCGAUUCCCACAUGGGUACAAUGUGUGGAGCCCAUUUCUGGUGUGUCCGACAAGAUAUUGCUGAAAUAUUGCUAAAACGGCGUAAUAACCACACUCCCUCAUUGUUAUUACUUUAAAGUAGCUUAAAUUUACUCAGUUUCUGUUGGGGAGGCAGAAUUUGAGAAAAUAUUUCUGAUAUUUUUGUGUGAUUGAUUAAGGAAUAUUGUUCAACAGUUGGGACAUGAAUGUAUUCUUGACAACCAUUUCCUCACUUCUAGUCUUCAUACAGCAGGUAUUCGGACUAUCACUAUUUUUGUGAUGUAGGUAUGCAGUGUAUUCAUGAAUUUAUUUGCGAAUUGGUUGUAUAGAUGAAUUAUUUACCUAAUAUGGUCUCAGUUCCACUUUUACCCCAAUGAUAUCACUCAGGUAACUCAUGACACUUGAUUUAUUGAGAAGUGAUCUGACUAGAACCUCAAAAAAUUUAUGUGUUGGGUUGGUGGGGUGUAGAAAAAGCAGAAGUAAACUGUGUUUAAAAUUAAGCAUGAAAGUACUGACCCCGUUCCACAAAGCGAUUGUAGCUCUACGACUGUCUUUGCUAAAGUAUGGGAGCUAUGGUCGUUUGAGCGGUACAAUCGCUUUGUGGAACGAGACUCUUGGCCAUAAUGUUAAAAAUUAAAUAUUUAGGGGUCCCUAAUGAAAUCCCAUAGGAGAAGACGUCACAGACCAUGGGAUCUGCCUUAAUUUUUAUCUCAUUAAAAUCAGAUCUUAGUUCCGCUAAACAAAGAUCUGAGAACACCCAAUUACGUGUAACAUCAGACCGACCUUACGUGAACUUUGACCGACCAAUGGAAGGACUGACAAGAAGUCAACAUUAGCCAAUUAGAAGGCAGCUUUCUCGUGCUUUACAGCACUAAUUUUGAAUUGGGGACUACGGUUUGAAACAUAUUUUGACAUAUUCUCGAUUAAAAAUUGGAAACAUGAACAAAAAAACCUUCCUAAAAUGGCUGAUAGAUGGUCAAGAUUGUAUGGAUUCAGUGGUCAUUCGGAAUACACCGUGUUACAGUUUUCGAGGUUGCAUGAUUAGAAAUCACAUUCCGAUUGUCACUUUCAUGAUCUGGUAAGCGACGCUCUGAUUGGUCGUAUGAAAGGUCAUUCUGACGUGACCCCUAAUGGGAUGUCCUCAGAUCUUUGGGACAAUUACUAUAUUAAUAACAUGGAAGUAAUUUUCAUAAAAAACUACCCCAUGUUUUUUAAAUUGACAUAUAAUUAUUGAAAACAAGGAGUUGGUUGGCAACUGAAUAGGCAAGUAAUUAUUGAUUAAUUUUGUGUUGUAAGAUUAUAAAGGUACAGCAUUGCCCAAGAGUCAUACGAUGUUAAGAGCCUGAGCUUGUAAGUCAGCUGUCCAAUGCACAAUGCCUGUAUAUUAUCCAAACUGUCUCAUUUCACAAUGCAUUGUAUUAGAUAGGCAGCAGACUUAGUCGGCAACACAGCAAAGAAGCCUUCACCUCAAGCACCUGUUGUGGAAGCGUUUUUGUUACUUUUGUACACGGCAUGAAGUAAUUUCUACUUUAAUACAUACAUUAUUUAUGACUUGUAUAAAUUCAUUUGCUUGUAUAUAUGAUUGUGUUUGUUUCUGUGUAAAUAUCAUGCAGAACUCUCCCAAGUUUUCAUGCAAACAUCAUUUGUGUCGGUGAUGAUAGAUAACGUUUUCUGUUGCCGGUUUUAGAUGAAACAGAUGCACAUUUAAUUACAGGAGUAGCCAAGUGGUUAAAGCAUUCGCUUGUCACCAUGGUCACGCUGAAGACUUAAGUUCAAUUCCUGAUUUGGAUACAGUGGUGAAGACCAUUUGUUUCCAUCAUUACAUUCUCAAAUGCGAAAGGCAUGAUUUGACAAAUCUUUAAGAUGCAAUAUGUCAUUGAUAUUGUACCUGGUGCUGAACGUGUAUUUGUUUUUCAAGUUGAAAUAUUGGUUCAGAAGAUGCAGGCUAACUGGUUGGAGAAGGGGCACCUGUUUUCAUUAUCUGAUAGGCUGUAAUACUGGUCCUGAAUAUUACUAGUCUUGGACAAGUGGACUAUCUUUAAUUGGACAUUUAGAAUCUGAAGUAAGAUUGAAGCCACAGUCGACAUGGAUUUCAACGUGUUUAUUCUCAUGGGCGAUGUUUCAAUACAGAUGCUAGCACCUUGGGCCGGUUUGGUAGCAUAGUGGUUAAAGCGUUUGCCUGUAAUACCAAAGGCCUGGGUUUGAUUCCCCACAUGGGUACAAUGUUUGUCCAUUUCUGGUGUCCACUGCCGUGAUAUUGCUGGAAUGUUGCUAAAAGCGGCGUAAAACUAUAUUCACUCACUAGUACCUUUAUUAAGUUUCAUAAAGAUAUCAACAUCCAUGCUGAAACAUUGCACACAAAAAUAAAGGCGUUGAGUGAGUGAGCAUGGUUUUAGGCCGCAUUUAGCAGGGACACCAGAAAUGGGCUUCACAUAUUGUACCCAUGUAGGGAAUCGAACCCGGGUCUUCGGCGUGACGAGCGCAUGCUUUACCCACUAAGCCACACGACCGCCCCUAAAGACGUUGAAAUCUAUAACUCUGUCUUCAAUGUGGACUUAGUUAAUUUCAAACCCUGCACUUGUUUUGUUUGACAGUCCACUAUAACAUUACGUGGGGCACAAUGGGUCUGAUAACCUAAUGCUCAGAAGGAAGGUGAAUUGAUUUCUUGCUAUUAUUGAUCCUGACGCCAUCUGAGGCACCAGGAAAGUAUAAAGUUACUUCUAAAUAAUGUAUGUGACUGACCUUUUCUUCAACAUAAAUAAUCGUUACAUGCGCAAAAUUUUCCAUAACCAGCAACAAAGUACGAUAUUCAGUUUCUUGUCAGCUAUCAUGAAUCUGUACAGGUAAAAUCCAGGUUGUUACUGUUGCUAUGGAAACAAAUGUGUCAUUGCAUUAACGUCUUUUGAUAUUUAUGCUACAUAUGAAGAAUUGGAAUGCAAUUGAUUUAUGGAUAAUCUUCUGUUCAACCAUAAGGUAUUAAACCAGUAAAUGACAAUCUUAUUUUAUUGAAACUCCUUACAAAAUGUAUUUGUUGUAACUUAUGGAAGUUAGUAAAAACAAGCUUCAGGUAUAAAGGUGAAUUAUUGCAUUUAAAGUGAAAUGUCCUCAGCUGUAAAUAACAUGUUUGUUAUGGAAUUUGCAGUUAAAUCAUGUUGAAUGAUUUGUUAUAGAAGAUCUAGAUUUUUAUUUUCCAGAAAUAUUACAUAGAAAUUUUGAAGGGUAUAUUUUUCUAAUCUAAUCUGACUUUAGCCAUGUUAGCAGCAUGAAGAUGCAGUAGAGUAUUUAGGAAUAUAUAAACACUGGACAUGUCGAAUGUUAUUUACCCUGUUAUAUACUCAUGAAACUAUUUCUGUAGACCUCGUGUCUAUGAUGUUGAUUGAAAUGUACUGGUUUCCAUUUAGCGUGUGUCAGGACAGAAUUCUUAGAACAAAGAAUAUUUACAAACGAAUUUGACCCAUCUUCCAUAUCCUUGUAUCUUAUCUCCAUUCUAAAUCUGAUACCCUGGAUCCAAUGCUUGUCAUGCUGAAGGAAAAGUAACCCAAAAUACAAACAUCACAAUGAGAGGAACUUGGGCAGAUCUGUUAAUUAAUACACUGACAAGAAGACAAGAUCAUAACAUAUUGUUAUAGCUAAAAGCGAUUCACAGUUUGAAAAUGAUGAACUUAAAUAGUCUGUUAAAACCUGAUAAAGUAAUAAUGUUCCACGAAGCAGGCUUAAAUGAAGAAAAUGUAAUAUAUACAUGUCAACCCGAUAUGAUAUUCACAAUGAUUGUGAAGAUGAGCUAGUUUCAGACUAUUUUGAUAGGUAUUCUGACAGUGAAUACUGGUAACAUCAAGCAAAGGAAUGGAUUGUAAUUUGACAACAGACCUUUGACAAGCAUUAAGUAAAUUGUGAAAACAUGUAAAGAUAUUGGUAUCUGCACAAGAGCAUUAUGAACUGGUAAAUAUAGAAGUUGCUGUCCAUUGAUGUUUGUUUGACACAUAACAAAACACUAAUCAUGCCAUCCUUGAUUGACAAGAGUAUUAUAUAUCCAUACUAUCAUUAUACAUACCUUGGACCUAUUCUCUACCAUAGUUUUAUUUUGAGCCUUAUUCGAAUUGCACCAUGUUAAAAAUAGCUGUCCAGUCAAAUCUCUCAUGAGGGAGAAGAUACACGAGAGAUUGAUUUGAUGACAUCACUUACAAAAUGAACUAUGGUGGCAAAUUUGUCCAGGGUAUAUCCUUGGAAUGUGGAUAUAAUACCAGGGUAUUUAUCUAGAAUGUGGAUAUAGUACCCUGGAUCAUCGAGGAUGAUCUGUUAUCACCUGUCCACCUGACUCAGUCUGUUGUUGAUGUACUUGUUGUUACUGUUUAUACAGGUGAGAGGAAUGGAAGCAUCACUUGACAUGGUUCUUGUUUGCUGUAUAUAAUGGUUGGCUUUGAAUAAAAAAAUAUGAAAUGAA